CCCAUAAAUAAAUAGAAAACCCUGCCGUCCGCCCUGGACUGACUUUGUCUUCUCUUCUGUAUCCAAAACAUUACGUCGUUUUUCAGACUCUCAAAACACUUUGAGGUUUGAGCUAGCUUGGAGAAAUUAUGGGUUGUUCGCAGUCGAGGAUCGAGAACGAAGAAGCCGUUGCCCGAUGCAAAGAGCGGAAACAAUUCAUGAAAGAAGCGGUUGCCGCCCGCAACGCCUUUGCCGCCGCCCACUCUGCUUAUGCUAUGUCCUUAAAGAACACUGGCGCCGCCUUAAGCGAUUACGCCCACGGGGAGGUCCAGAACCCAAAUCUCCCUUCUCCCCCUGGCCCCUCCUUCGUCGGUCCUCCCCCUCCUCUGCCGCCGCAACCACCUGUCUUACCUCCGCCUCCUCCUCCCGUCAGCCUUUCCGGCGAUCCGGUCGUUCCGAUCCAACGCUCCGCUAGUAUGCCCAUACAGAUGCCCUUGAAAGGAAAGCAAAGGGAGACGUCGACCACCACCAUCAUGGAAGAUGACGAGGAGGACGAUGACCUGGACGCCGGUGGUUCGUUGGUUAAGCGAAAAUCCCGGAAUUAUAGGGGAAGUGGUAGUGGCGGUAGGAGUAGGAGAGAGAAGGAGGAGGAAGAGGACGAAGAGGAGGAAAUAGUGACGUCUACCAUCGUUCAGGCGCGUGCAAUGCAAUCACAGCCGCCCCAGGAUUCGACUUACUAUUACUUCUUUCCCGCGGAAGGUAGUGUACCUGGACCAAGUUUAGGGGUGGUGGAUGAAAUGAGGGUGGAUAACGGAGAGGAUGAAAGGAAGGUAUUUGAGGAAAUGCCGGCAAGAAUUGAGGAAGAGGUGGUGGAGGAGGAGAAGCUGAGGGAGGAGGAGGUGGUUGUGGACAAGGGACUAAAGACGCCAGUGGAGGUGGAGAAGCCGGUGCCACCGCUAUCUGGGGUAGGGAAAGGGAGCAAGAAGGGUGGGAAAAUGGGGGUUGGUAGUACAGUAGAGAAGAGGUUGGGUAAGGGGAGUUUUAAUUUGUUGCAGGUGUUUACUGAGCUUGAUGAUCAUUUCUUGAAGGCCUCAAAGAGUGCCCAUGAGGUUUCCAAGUUAUUGGAAGCUACUAGGUUGCAUUAUCACUCUAAUUUUGCUGAUAAUCGAGGACACCUUGAUCACUCGCAGAGAGUAAUGCGUGUUAUUACUUGGAACCGUUCAUUUAAAGGACUUAAAUUAGACAAUGCUGAUAACGCAAACGAUGACUUUGAUUCAGAGGAUAAUGAGACUCACGCCACUGUGUUGGAUAAAAUGCUUGCAUGGGAAAAAAAGCUUUAUGAUGAAGUGAAGGCUGGUGAGCUUAUGAAGUUUGAGUACCAAAGGAAGGUUGCCACUCUAAACAAACUAAAGAAACGAGGUACCAACUCUGAGGCACUCGAAAAGGCAAAAGCAGCAGUAAGUCAUCUGCACACCAGAUAUAUUGUCGACAUGCAAUCCAUGGAUUCUACAGUUUCAGAGAUAAAUCGAUUACGAGAUCAGCAGCUCUAUCCAAAACUCGUUGAGCUUGUCGAGAAGAUGGUGAUAAUGUGGGAAACCAUGAGAGAAGAACACGACAGCCAAUGUAGGAUAGUGGCUAUACUGAGGGAUCAUCUGGACCUCUCUCAAUCGGCACAGGAAACAAGCGAGCAUCACCAUGAGCGUACGAUCCAGCUGUUAGCGAUUGUGCAGGAUUGGCACAUGCAGUUUUGUAAGCUUAUAGACCACCAGAAAGAGUACAUAAAAGCCCUGAACAAUUGGUUAAGGCUAAAUCUCAUUCCCAUCGAAAGCAGCCUGAAGGAGAAAGUUUCUUCACCUCCAAGGGUCGAAAGUCCACCUAUUCAGAGGCUUAUCUUUGCUUGGCAGGACAAACUUGACAAACUUCCAGAUGAGAUUGCGAGAAGUGCUAUUAAUAACUUUGCUCAUGUGAUUGACGCUAUCAUGCAGCAUCAACUAGAUGAAAUGAAGCUGAAGGAAAAAUGCGAGGGAUCUCAGAAGGAGCUCAAAAAGAAGCAACAGCAGUUUGAGGAUUGGUACAAUAAAUAUAUGCAGCGAAGAACACCGGAGGAGUUGGAUCCAACGAGGACAGACGACAACUCUAACAAUGAUGCUGUUACUGAAAGGCAGCUCAUGGUGGAUGCAGUGAAAAAGAGGUUGGGAGAAGAGGAAGAGGCGUACAGGAUUUUACGUAUUCAGGUGAGGGAGAAGUCUUUAGUGAGCCUUAAAACUCGGCUGCCAGAGCUCUUCAGAGCAAUGUCAACUAUUGCCGUUGCUUGUUCAAAAAUGUAUGGGGAGUUAAGGGCCAUAUCACGUUCAAGGAAUCCAAAUCAUAGCUCAUAAAACUUAAUAGUAUGUUUAAGCAAUUUUCUAUGUAUAAUGUGUUCGAUGUGCUUUAUAUGGAUACACUCGGACCAACAGAAAGGUAUAGAAUGAACUCUAAAAUGCUAUGUUACCGGGAUUCUUCAUUUUUUUUAGAGUACUCUAUAUGCGGCACAUAUUCAGAAAUGAGUGUGAAUAUAUGAUACUCCAUAUAUGUAUAAUUGAAGUUUUUACUCCAUGUACCAAAGCUCCUUUGUUUGAUGUUUU